UGGAGAUAAGCUGCAGCAAAACUUUUUGGAUACAUCUGUUUUCCUAGUACUACUGCCAUGAAAUUGAAAUCUACCAAAUGCGUUAAUUAGAGAUGAACAUCCGAAAAAUAAAUGGGAUAACAAAAAUCGCGAGAACUUGAAUCGCUUCAGUUUGUGUGCACGGUUGAGUUUUGGCAACUUUGUGUAGUGCUGUAGCCUAUCCGAUCUGUGUCAGUCCGUGCGGGCGCAGCAGCGGGAGCAGAGCAGGCUGGAUGUGGCAGGAGACAGGUCACUGAGCUGCAGAGAGCCGGGUGCGAGUUUCCUCAGAACCUCAACUCUCCAAUGACACCGGGCAGGAUGAUGAUCAUUGGACUUCUGCUCAAUGUCUUCUCUCAUGGAAGUGUGCCAGUGUCUGCGUCCUUAGACUGUCUGGUGGCGGAGCAGGGCUGCAUCCAGGAGCAGUCCUGCCUGGUCCCCUAUCGACUGCUGGAGUACUGUGCAGCUGAGGAGGCGGUGUCGCCUCUCGGUCCAGAUGCCCGUUUGGAGUGCCUGGAGGCCCAGAAUAGCUUGCACCAUUACCGCCCCCUCCAGGUUUGCAAGUGUCAGCGGGGCUCUCGCAGGGAGGAGCACUGCCUCAAGGUCUACUGGACAGUGAGAUUUGCAGCAUAUGAUGAGUAUGAAGUGUCCCCAUAUGAAGAACUGAAGUUGAAUCUGGUGAGGAACAUUGAGAUGUCACGUAUGGCCUCCAUCAUGGCAGCUUCUUCUCUUUCUGUGGAUGGACAAAACCAGUGUCUGAAGGCAGCCCAGGACUGUGGCCUGUAUGAGAAAUGUGGCGCCCUGCGGUCAGAAUAUGUUGUAGCCUGCACCAAGCGAGCAACAGCCUCUGACAACAGCUGUAACCGUCAGAAAUGCCACAAAGCCCUGCGGCGCUUCCUGGAGCGCGUGCCAGAGGAAUACAGCUUUGCGUUGCUCUUCUGUCCCUGCUCUGAUACUCUGUGUGGGGAGCGCCGGAGGAAAACUAUCGUCCCGUCAUGUUCCUAUGAGGAGAAUGUGAGAGGGGAGGAGAGAGUGGGCAAGCCCAACUGCCUCAGCCUGCAGAACUACUGCUCCAAAGACGAGCUGUGUAGAUCCCGCUUUGCUGAUUUCCAACACAACUGUCAGCCCUCCCCCGUGUCUGCCUCUGGCUGUAUGCGUGAGAGCAGAGCCAUGUGCCUGAAGGCCUACGCUGGACUCAUAGGCACCAUCAUGACUCCCAACUAUGUGAGCAACAGCAGCACAGAUGUGGCCCAGUGGUGCACAUGUGACGGAAGUGGGAACGAAUGGCAGGGCUGUCAGCGUAUCCUGCACAUGUUCAACAACAAUAUAUGCCUGCGCGGUGCCAUCAGCUCCAUGGGAAUAUCUGCACCUCCUCCUGUGGAAAACACUCCAGUGCCAGCUCCUCAGCCCUCCACACGCGUCUAUAAGGAGAGGGUCCACGUCAGCGUUAACACUCUCCCUGAAUUCAACAGCAUGGAGGACAGCGAGGAAGAGGAGCAGCAGAAAGCAGAAAGCGAGGAAUUCAACGUAAUCCCGCCGUACUCUGAGAAGGACUCUAACAUUGAAUCUGGGGCCACAGGGAGUCAGCGGGGAGCAGCUGCGCGAGUAGUACCCGUGUUUCCAUUAAUGCUGCUGCUGACGCUCAUCCUGGACUGGGAGUGUUGGAGCUACUGAAGGCUCCAUCCAUCCUCCUUCCCAUCCUGUGCUCACAUUUUACACUCGCUACCACUUUCAAAUCCAUCACAGCCCUCAGAACAAACCACAGAGGACAGUUGCGAAAAGAAAAUUAAAAAGCUACUUCUUAACAUUUCCUUUUCUGUUUUUCAUCGUCACAAUGCCCCGCUGCGUUUAUUUUAUGAUUCUGUUUCUCCUAUCACUGCCUCCUCAAGAGUUAAAGAUAUUAGUAGUCUUGCCGUAUCUGUCAUGUCUUUGCUGGAGUCCUCUCCGGUGAAAGGAAGGGAACAACGUGAGCAGAUAUAUGAGUGCAUGGUUGAACUGAGAAGUGCUGUCUGGGCAAAUACUCUAUCUAGAGUCUGCUUCACACUCAAAGUACAUCACCUCUUUUAACAAGAAGCACAUUGCCUGAGGCCAUCUUCACUUCAUGUGCUUCCAAAAACCAUAACCAGUCUUCUCUACUGCAACUAAGCCUGAGCAUGGCUUUUGAUUUCUAUUUCAUGACUCAUGUCACAUCCGUUUCUCUGUUGCCCCUUCGGCUCUUCCUUUCCCUCCUUCAUACUAUGGUUCAGUAAGAUAAUCCACUUUACAACAAGUUAAUAGGAGACUGCACCACUCUUAAACUGCUUUGUAUCAUUAAAAAUACUUCUACUUUUUUUUUUUUUUUUUUUUUUUAAAUUGCACCAUUUAAAAAAGUGAUAAGACGUGUUAUCACAUUAUGUAUGAGAGAUCUUAGGUCUUUUGAACCUUCACUAAAAAGCAGAGUGCAGCAGUCACCCUGUUCUGCUUCUUUUGUUAGCAAGCCACCAUGGUAUUAUUCCUACCAUGGUGAGUGGCUGAGAUUUCAAGCACAGGCAAAAGCAAUGAGAUCAAACUCUAUUGUAGAAAUGAAGAGCCAAGAAAAGCAACAUAAGCAAUUACAGCACAAUUCAAAUUGCGCAGCAUGCAGGGAAAGUCUGGAGUAAGGCUCAGGGGAGGAAAUAGCCAAUUUGCUGCUGUCAUACCCUCUCACUUUUUUGUCCUCAGGAGAUGUGUUUUUAGUGCUCCUUCCCUUCAUCAUGUGCUUUAAACGUUGUGUGAGAUGCGCAGAUAGGGACGGACACAGGAGGCUGUAAAGCCUGCUGGCUGCUCUGAUCAUUGAGCAGCACAUUGAGCCAUUAUCUCUGCCUGAAAUAUCUUUUGCUGAUGUUAAUGAUUUUUUCUCUUAUGGCUCAUUUUCUGGUGAAAUUACGCGGCUGCAGGGAUGUAGGUGAAGAGAAGUAUAGCGAAGAUUUUUUAGAGGGAUAAACUUCUAAUUUUGAGGACCAAUUUGCAGCAAAUAAAGCUCUGCAAUGAAACUUUCUAACUUUACUGCUUCAUGAGGUCUCUGGUGAAACAAACUAUCAAUUCAUUGUGGUUAUGCGUUCAUUUUUAUUUAUUCACCGAACAGACCUUGCGUUGUUGUUGAGCAGCAAAAUGUGAUCAUUACUAUCAUAAUGUGAAAGUUUAACACACACACACACACACACACACACUUACCUGACCAUCUUCAAGCAGUCAAUCACUCAAGUCAGUACAAUCUUAAAGGCACAUCACACCAAAAAAAUGGUUUAUUGCACAUGUUAAAGGAGUACAGCUCUACAUGCUCAUCAAAUCCUACAGCAGACUGACUAUGAAUGUUGUUGGUAGUAUUAAUAAAACGUAAUUGUUUGAAUAUCACUUGAGGAGGCAGUAUGAACUAACCUUUUCACCCUGGCUAUUGGACUUGUUUACAUGAUGAGUUAUUGACAUGAAAUACUGAACAUUUGAUAAAGACAGACUGUAAAAAGGCAGAAAUGCACUGGAAGCAUAUGAGCUGUGCUUUUGCAAAUGCAGGUGCAUCACUAUACAUCAAACUUGGUUCGGAAAUCAAUGUAAGGUUAGAGGAACUGCAGUGACCAUUACCCACUUCAGGGCAAAAUGACACCAUGUAGGAUUUUCGCCAGUCUUGUUGAAAGCUCAGCUACAGGAGGCUAAAAAGUGGAUGAAGAAAAGGCCGGUCAUCAAAGCUCUGAAGUGUGACAGAAAGAGUUGUAGGAAUGAAAAAAAAAACAUGUUUUGAACUUUGGAUUGAAUAUUUGAGUCUAGCUGCUUUCCAAAUAUACAAAACCAGAACCCGACCACUGAAGAGAUGUAUUGAUAGAUAAAUGUGCUUAAGAAACAUUACCCAUCGCAGUGUCGUAGAGCAGUAUCCAUGAUGCUGCUAAUUCUCAUCUUGCAGCUAAAGCAUCAAAUUGUCAAUAAUUACAUCCAGUGCGCUCUGGCCUUAAUGACUGAAUGUGAGUUUACAUGAGUUUUCACAUUUCAUUACAUUUGUUCAUAUUUGUAAACUAUGUAAACUAAACACUUGCAUCAAACAUGGCUUGUAUUUUUUGAUGAGUUAAUGAAUUAUACAUUUAAAAAAAGCUUCUUCAUCCACAAAUUCAUAAAAAAUAUAUAUGUGAAUACCGUCCAGUUAGGCAGUUUGUAGAUUGUAUCCUGAAGAUCCAUUUGAGAGACUAUGUACAGUAAUAUGUUUCACAUGCUAACCUUGUUUUUAAAACAUAUCAAACAUGCCAAAUGAUUUUGACUAUGAUGUGUAAUAAUUGUGUAAUUUUGUGACAUAGCAGAACAGUGUGCCAAUUUGUUAAAAGAAGAAUAAAAAGCCACA